AUGAAAGUUGAAAACAAGGAUGGUUAUGAAAGGGGUGAGCAACCAAGCAAUCUGCAAUUAAAGAAUGAUAUUGUUAACCUGAAAAAUCAAUUGGCAUCCUUGGAGGAAGAAAAAGAAAACAACCCCAAAAGCAAAGGAGCUAUUCAGAAGUUACAAAACAAAAUUGAAGAACUAGAAAAACAGGAAUAA